GUCAAGUUUACAGAUUUUCUUCAGUGUGGAUUUAGCUGAAGGGAGAAACUGAUAUUGAGGGUUACUAAAAGCACCUGGACUAAUUAAGAGACUCCAACUAUCAGGUUGGGAACCAGGAGGCAGUAAAGCAAUAUAAAGGGUGAAAAACUGCAGUGAGAUCCCCAAAGAAGAAGAAGAAGACGACCUCUCAGGUAGUUUUGUGAGAAAAAUGGACAGUGAGCUACAGUUAAAUUUUCAUGUAUCCAUCCAGAAGGGAUCUUCUAUUCCUCCUCUGCAAAAAUGCAAAACUUGCUGCUCUCCAGGAAAAUUUCAUUGUCCGUUUUGUUCGCCCGAGAUUUUCAAACCCACAGAUCGCCCCAGCCUCAAGAUCCAUUUGGACAGCCAUCGAAGGGAAGCCUUUGAAACUAGAAAGUACACCAUCCACAGGUGCAGGUUGUGGUGCAGAAGUCAGGCGCAUUAUCACUGUUUGUACUGCAAAGCCACAGUGAUAAGAAAGAGAACUUUCCACAAUCAUCUGUCAUUUUGCCGUGAACAACAACAGAGGAGAGCCCAGAAGUUUUCCAAACUACCAGCAGAUUUGACACAAAGAAUCCAGACUGGCAGACGGACUCCUUCGUAUCACAUGGAAUGGGAUGACAACGGAAACGCAAUAGCCAUCAUCUCAGAUUCAGAGGCCCAAAACAGGCGCGAAGCAAGCAGCAGCCAUUCCGGGGCUCACAGUUUCCCCAGGUCAAAUAAAUGUGACACUGUGAGGAAGAUGAAGAGGAAUACAAAGCCAGACUCCUCUAAAUGUCACAAAGCUGUACAGACAGACACUCCAAAACCACAAGACUGUGAUGAAUAUUACUUCAUGACCCUUACAAAACUGUUUAAAAAGUUGGCUCCUCAGAAAAAAGCAGAGGUCAGGAUGAAAAUUGAACGACUUCUCCUCGAAGCUGGAUUUACAUAGAGACGGGUUUACCUUCAUACUUUUUAAAUUUUUUUUAUUUUUUUUGCACAUUAUUAUUGAAAGAACUAGAAGAAGUGAUGUUUAGUUUUUCUUUUUUGGUGGACUAAGCCUGGAGUAUUUUGUUACUUUAUGCUCACUGCAUCUUCAGUGCAUGUUUAUUAUUAAUCACCCACAAAUGAGAUGCCUUACGCUUUCUGGGGCCUGUUUUACCAAAUAUACAACAUGAUCUGAUUUCCUCUCACCAUUUAUUUAAAACAUAUUUAAAGUAAAUGCUGUACUGUCGGACAUACAUUAGUGUGCAGUCUGUGAACUCAGUGCUCAGUGUAUCUCCAGUUUGUUAGUCAUUUGCAAUAAGUUUAUCCGUUAGUUUGUCUUUAUUUGUGAGCCAUGAAGCUGCCCAGAGCUGCUGUUAGCCUGUAAGUAAUGCUUGCAGAGCAUUUGGUGAAACAGGCUGUUGGUUUGAGUUAUAAAAAUGGCAGAAUAGUAUAAUUCUGUUGUUGAUCAAGUACUGAGAAACAAGAUGUGACGGUUUGACUUUGCUCAGGAGCCACAAUCCUCUCUGCAUUUUAGUGAUGUGGGCACUGCUGCUUUUCUCAUACUCCACAUUUCUACAACCACAGGACAGAUUUGUGUCUUUUUAUUUGUGGAUCUUAUAUAAUGGCUCAUGUCUUUGAACAUUUACAAGUUACCUUUUGUGUUUCUCAGAAUAACUGUCAGUGUUUUUUGUUUUGACACCUUUUUAGAUGCAGUACUGUAUGAUUAAUGAAGAACAAGCAGCGAUUUAUGCAGUCAAUAUUUGGUACUCGUACCUCCAAACAGCUGGACUGAUGGUCUUACAAAUGCUUUGUGUUUCUGACACUUUAACCA